AUGGCUUCUUCCUCCUCUUCUUGUGUGAUCGAGGAAGCUCAAGCCCCAAAGAUUCGAGUUUUCAAGUGGAAUGAGAAGUUGAGAAAGGAUUGUCAUCUACAAUUUGUGGAUAAAGGUCUCUUCCUUUCGACAAUCAAGACACUUGAAAUCUCUGAUUAUCUUACCUGGUGCUUUCGCUUUCAACGUGACGCCCUAAUCACUCCUUCCAACUCUCUUAUCACCGUCUUUGUUGCUGAAAUCUCUAGAACUACGACGGUAGAAAAUGCUGAUGAAACUGCCUCUUCUCUUUUUCCUCCUCCAUGGGUUUAUCCAAGUCCCCUUGAUGAUGAUUUGAGAAACAUGGAUGUGGACUGCGAUCCUUCUUGGUAUUAUGACAAACAUUGUGUGGACUCUAAGGAAUUCAAUGGGUGUGUGCAUGACAUUUUCCCAGUCAAGCCCAUUGCUGUUGACCAACCCAUUGGCCUUGUUCAAGUUUUACCUGAGACUGCUCUCCAGAUUCUCCAUCCGUUGGAAGAUGAUGGCCGCCGCGAGAUGCUGGACGAUUGCCCUAUUUGCUUGGAAGACUUUUCAUCGUCUGCUGCUGCUGAUGUCAUCUUGAAGACGCCUUGCUCCCAUAUCUUCCAUGACAAAUGCAUUAGGCAGUGGCUGUCCAAGAGCCAUUCAUGGACCAGGCCAGUGCGCCUAGGACUGGAAGAUAGGAAAAGACGAAAAGAAGAGAUGGAUCCUUCAUUCAUUAUGAGCAUCCAUCCAUUCUACAUAACAAGUCAAACAUCUCUUUCAUCCCUCCAAACUAAUCCAUCUACCCUUCUUUCCUUCGUAACGAGUCGUCAAAUUAUUCCCACCAGCCAAAGAAGCAACCAAGGACAAAUUACUUCAAUUCCCAAAUCACCCGAUGAGCUAGUGGUGAAACCAUUUGGUCCACUACCACAGGACCUCAGAAGUGCAAGAGCAAGCAGCUCAUCCCAGGGUUAA